AGCCAGCACAAUCGAGCAAAUCCAAUUCCAGGGACAACCCUCUCUUCCGGCCUGUAUCCAGCAUCCAACGUUCUGCUCCGCUCCGUCCUGCUCUGCUCUUCCUUCACUCGUGGGACGUCCUCCCAGCCUAUCAAUAUGGCUCGUUCUUUUCCCCGCGCUGCUGUGACUCUGCUCCUUGUCGCACUCGCAGCAGUUCUCACUCCAUCUGCCCUGGCUGCGCGUACAGGGCUUGGAAUCAGCUCCAAGAUUCUGGCUUCUCUCCGUGGGACGCUCAACACGUGUGGUGGAAGAGGGGCUGACGUCAGAUCCGACAUUAACGGCAUUGCUGACAUCAGCAUCCUCAGAAGGGGCACCUCUGUGUACCUUGCCUACAAGAUCGCAGCGCAAGGCAUCGCCCAGCCGCCCUCCUCCCCCCCAGCCAUCCUCGCUAGCAACCCCUGCACCAUCCCCUCCCUCUCCUCCGCUCUCCUCAGAGCCACAGCUGAUGUGGGUGCCAACGCAGUGGCCAGCACAGGUUUGGAUAGCACCCGAGCUAGUCUUGGAGGUUCGCCGAGCCUCAAUGCGGUUCCCGCUGGGUUUGUUUCGGAUGUGGCAGGAGCUGUUUCUGGUGUGGGGAGGGCAGCGGGGAGUGUGGCAGGCUCGGCAGGGAAGGCUGCAGGUUCAGCAGCAGGUUUGGUGGAUAGUGUUGCAGGCUCGGCGGUAGGCACAGCAGGGAAGGCAGCAGGGUCAGUGGGGAGCCUUGCAGGUUCGGCAGCAGGCUUGGUGGGCAGCACCGCAGGCUCAGCAGUAGGCACGGCAGGAAAGGUGGCAGGUUCCGCAGGGAAUGUCGCAGGUUCGGUAGCAGGCAUGGCAGCCAAUCUUCCAAGUUCGGCGGUUGGCACUGCAGGGAAGGCAGCAGGUUCGGCAGCAGGCUUGGUUAGCACCGUUGCAGGCUCCACUGCUGGCACCGCAGGAAAGGUGGCAGGCUCUGUUGGGAGGCUUACACACUCGGCAGCAGGCUUGGUGGGCAAUGCAGCAGGCUCGGCUGCAGGCUUGGUGAGCAACACCGCAGGCUCGGCAGUAGGCACUGCAGGAAAGGUGGCAGGAACUGCAGGGAACCUCGCAGGCUCGGCAGCAAGCUCGGCAGCCAAUCUUACAGGUUCGGCAGCUGGCACUGCAGGAAAAGCGGCAGCUUCGGCAGCAGGCUUGGUUGGCACCGUCGCAGGCUCCACAGUUGGCACUGCAGGGAAGGUGGCAGGCUCUGCUGGGAGGCUUACAGGCUCGGCAGCAGGCUUGGCCGGCACUGCUGCAGACUCGGCAGUUGGCACUGCAGGGAAGGCAGCAGGCUCAGCAGGGAACCUUUCAGGCUUGGCAACAGGCUUGGCAACAGGCUUGGUGGGAAAUACUGCAGGUUUGGCCACUGGCACUGCAGGUAGUGCUGCAGGGUCGGUUGCAGGCUUGGUGGCCAACACUGCAGACUCAACAAUUAGCACUGCAGGAAAGGCAGCAGGCUCGGUCGCCAAUUUGGCUGGUUCGGUGGCUGGCUCGGUUGCUGGUUCGGUGCCUUCAGCCCUGACCCCUCUGGUGGUUCUGCCAGGUGCUUGGGUGGCUGCUGCAGCAAAUGUGAACACAGGAGCCAACGCCGGUGCUACUGCUACUGCUAGGGUGCUCUCCCUGGUGGGGGAGACUCGGCUCAGUGCUGCUCUCGCCUCCUCUCUGCUCGCCCGCAUCUCCUCCUCCACGCCCCUCCCUCUCUUCCUCCGCCUCAACGCCCAGCAGGUCCUCGUUACUGCGCUGCUGCAGUAGGAGAGGCGGGAGUGGAGGGACUGAGAGGGCUUGCUGGCUGGGUGAGGGAUCAUGAGAAGGUGGAAGGGUGUUCGAGCGAGGGUUGAGAGGAGGGGAGGGAUGGUGCCGAGCAGAACCUCGUUGCUACGCUGCUGCAGCUGGAGAGGCGGGAGUGGUGGUACAAUACAGGGCAGUCUGGAUGAUGUCGUGCUGGCUGGUUGAGAGAUCAUGGGAGGGUGGAAGGUAGGUUGGCGAGGGCGGAGGGGAGUUCUGGCGGCGGUGGUGGUACGAUACAGGGCAGUCUGGAUGAUGUUGCAGCACUGCCGCCAUUCCUCCCCCCUAGCCUCAGAGAAGUUAUGGUUCAAGGUGCCUGAUUGGAUGACUCGUUGUACUUGAUGCAGUGUACCUUGUCAUAGGUAGCUUGGUGUUGAAAUGGUGAUUCAAAGGCAAUUUUUUUAGUC